UCGGGAAAGAUGGCAGCUGUUGACAUCAACAUGCCGAUGGAAACAGAAACCCAAGUAUUCGGUCAGGAUGACCUGGAACGUGAGGCUGAGGGCUUCAAAGAGCAAGGAAAUGCAUUCUACGUGAAGAAAGAUUACUCUGAGGCUUUCAACUACUACACAAAGGCCAUCGAUGCGUGUCCCAAAAAUGCCAGUUACUAUGGCAACAGAGCAGCCACUCUCAUGAUGCUCAGUCGCUUUCGAGAGGCCCUGGAGGACUCCCAGCAGGCUGUGCGUCUAGAUGACUGCUUCAUGAAGGGUCAUCUACGUGAGGGCAAGUGCCAUCUAUCUCUAGGAAAUGCCAUGGCAGCAAGCCGCUGCUUUCAGAAGGUGCUGGAACUGGAGCCCAGCAAUAGCCAGGCCCAGCAGGAGCAUAAGAACGCUACAGCGAUCUUGGAGUUUGAGCGAAUGGCAGAUUUUGGGUUCGAAAAGCGGGACUUCAGAAAGGUGGUAUACUAUAUGGACCGGGCCUUAGGCCUGGCCUCUGCCUGCCAUCGCUUCAAAAUCCUCAAGGCUGAGUGUCUGGCACUUCUUGGACGCUACCCUGAAGCCCAGUCUGUGGCAAGUGAUAUCCUGCGGAUGGACUCCACCAAUGCAGACGCACUGUACGUCCGAGGCCUGUGUCUUUACUAUGAGGACUGUAUCGAUAAAGCUGUGCAGUUCUUUAUCCAGGCCCUGCGUAUGGCGCCUGACCAUGAGAAGGCCCGGCUAGCAUGCAGGAAUGCCAAAGCCUUAAAAGCCAAGAAAGAAGAGGGCAACCAGGCAUUUAAGGACAGCAACUACGAGGCAGCCUACCAGCUGUAUACAGAGGCCCUGACAAUAGAUCCCAACAACAUCAAGACCAAUGCUAAACUGUACUGCAACAGAGCCACCGCAGGAGCCAAGCUUAAGAAAUUAGAUCAAGCCAUCGAAGACUGCACCAGUGCGAUCAAGUUAGAUGACACUUACAUCAAGGCGUAUUUAAGACGAGCUCAGUGCUACAUGAACACAGAGCAGUAUGAAGAAGCCGUGCGGGACUAUGAAAAGGUCUACCAAACAGAAAAGACCAAAGAACACAAGCAUCUGCUUAAGACAGCCCAGCUGGAGCUGAAAAAGAGCAAGAGGAAAGAUUACUACAAGGUGCUGGGAGUGGGUAAAAAUGCCACUGAUGAUGAGAUCAAGAAGGCCUACCGCAAACGGGCCCUCAUGCAUCACCCAGAUCGCCACAGCGCAGCAACCCCAGAGGUGCAGAAGGAGGAGGAGAAGAAGUUCAAGGAGGUGGGUGAGGCCUUCACUGUGCUCUCUGACCCAAAGAAGAAGGUCCGCUAUGACAAUGGACACGACCUGGAUGAUGAUGGUGGCUUCAGUGGAGGAGAUUUUGAUGCCAACAACAUUUUCAGAGCCUUCUUUGGUGGCCAAGGUGGAGGAUUUAAUUUUGAAUCUAGUUCAAAUGCUGGACCUGGAAAUUUCUUUUUCCAGUUUGGCUAAAGUACAAGAUUGCGUGGGACCGUUGCAGCCCCUGCAGUGAACAUUAUGAAGUUGGACUUAAAAUUACCAUCUCAUUUUCUUACUCUGUUGUCUUUUGCAAAAUCUCUUCCCUGGCAUGUUUAAAAUAUAUGACCGACAACAUAUUCCCAUCCUCCGCUAUACACAAUUUAGAAAUCAUUGAUUAUUGCAUUCACUUCUGGAUUUAUUUAUUCAUCACAGUUAUACUAAAACAGAUUGUGUUGUGCAAUCUGAAGUUUUAAAUCAAUGAAGCAUUAUAGAAAAAAAUCACAUUGUUCAGGAGAAUCAGCUGAAUUUGGUACUUUGUCAAAAUUAGAAAUGGUUUUCUCAUAAAUUGAGGCAAGACCCUAAAUUUGCAAAAUUGCUGCUGUAUCCCAAUUAAGGUCAGCAAUAGGGUAGUUGAUUGGUUUUAGAAAUGGCACAUCUUGUUGUGUGAGUUUUUAAGCUGCUUCUGGGACUUACUAAUUGCAGGAAUCGGUGUAUUGGCUCCCUAAUUCUGCCCAAAUUUUAGAAUAUGAAUGUCAUGACCUCAGGGCAGCACUGGAAGAUGACACUGCCCUGUUGUGUGUUUCUGUCUGGGUAUGUUUGUGUGACUGUAUCCAGGUUUUAUUGGUUCACCUGCAUACUGCAGGAUCAAACUGCAGGGUAUUGUCUAGUCUUGACCUAGGCUCAUUGCUGCAGUGUAUAGUUGACUGGAAUGUAAAGUGUUAUAUGUGGUCAUAAUUUCUCUUUAUGUUUAGUGUCUAUUCAGUCUAUUUAUAUUUAUUGUGUAUUCCAGUGGUUCUCAUGCUGGUCAUUGGAUAGUGCCAGUACAGCUAUUCUGCCAGGUAGUUUAUUACAUUCACCUGGGUGGCACGGUGGCCCAGUGGUCAGCACUGUUGCCUCACAUCAAGAAGGUCCUGGGAUUGAAUCCCAGGCUGUCCCAGGUCCUUUCUGUGUGGAGCUUGCAUGUUCUCCCCACGUCUGCAUGGGUUUCCUCUGGGUGGUCCAGUUUCCUCCCACCAUCAAAAAGACAUGCAUGUUAGGGUUAAUAUUCCUGCUUGCGGGGCGCCCUGGUGGCUCACCUGGUAGAGCGUGUACCACAUAGGCUGAGUCUUUAAUGCAGCAGCCUGGGUUCGACUCUGGCCCAGGCCCUUUGCUGCAUGUCAUCCCCUCUCUCUCACCUGCCUUUCCUGUCUCUCUCUCAACUAUUGCUAUCAAAUAAAGGCGUAAAAUGCCAAAAAAAAAAAA